AUGGCUACAAGCAAUACCAUGAACUUUGGUCCAGAGUGGAUGAGACGUUUUCCAAAAACUCAAACGAGCGAUAAUAAUCGUUCAACUUCCCCAACAUUGUCAUCCAAUGUGCCAACCAAUUCGUCUUCCAUUUUGGGAAGUACAAACAAUAACACAAAUACUUCCGUAAAUACUGGCACAAAUACACAUUCUUGGUCCUUUGUAGCUGCUGCAAAUAGUAGUAAUACUACAACUAAUCGUUCGCUUCACCAUGAAGCCUCCGAAAAGUCUGACGUACCAGGUGCCGGUGACUCUGAAUUAAAUCCCUUCAAAUAUUCCAAGGAAAAAAUGCUUAAAUUAUAUAAACCUGUAGGAUUACCUCUAGAAUUUGAAAGACAUGAAUAUGUUACAAGUGAAGAGCCAUUACAACCAAUGGCCUUAAUAAAUUUAUCAGAACACGAACAUAAGCUCUUAACAGGUACAUCCGUUAAUAGUGACCUUACCCGACGUAUGGUAUCCAAUGCUACGGGAGGAGGUACGGUCACAGUAAAUGAACGCGUAUCAGAAAGAGAGAGAGUACCAUUUUCUCCACGAGGAGAAAAGCAUGUUGGAACCGGACUUACUUCCCCUAGAACGGAAAGGUUUACCGGAAUUACUGGAGUGCUGAGUGGUCGAACGAGUCCACGUAGCAGCCGUCCACCUAGAAUAUCUGGUUCUGCAAAUUCCUUAUCUGCGGAUGACCCCGUGUGGAACGGUGUCACUCGUCAUGCAGUAGGAACUUUUGAUAGUAACGGGGUUUUCCGAAUCCCAGGAAGUAAUAAUACUGACGACGAAUCUAUAGAUAAAUCUAAAAAAGAUGAUUUUGAACAUAAUAAUAAAACUGAACAAGAGUUCGAAAAGAAAAAUCCGGCAGAUCACUCGGACGAAGAAACAUAUUAUAAUCUACAAGAAAAGUUGGUAAAUCAAAAAAUAGAAUAUCAAAACGAAAAUAUAAAUGAAAUUGAUAUAAACUCGAAAAGCACUUAUAUGGAAGGAUCACAUUCUUCAUUAAGAGAAGAGCAAAACACGAUAGAACAAGAUGGUCAACAAGAAAAAGAACGAGAACAAGACUGUGAUGAUGAACCUGAUAAAGUAAAGAAUUUGGAUCAACAAUUAUUAGAGCAACAUGAAUUAUUACAACAAUUAGAAUUACAUGAAAAAGAGAUGGAAGAGGAAGAUGAUGAUGUGUUAAAAGAAGCAUUUUCUUAUACGAAUGUGGUAGGAAACACUCCGCCUAUGUCUCCUACAAAGUCAACCAAAUAUUCCAGUACACAUUCUAUAAUCGGCACAAGCAAUGCUUUUGGUGACACAAGUUCUGGUGCCUCGAGUUUAUUUUCUGGAAGUGUAAUAACUUCUGAUACGAGAAAACAGGCACCUGAACAACAGAAAUGGCUAUAUCGAGAUCCAAGUGGUCCAUUUAGUAGUCAGGAAAUGAAUGAUUGGUAUAAAGGGGGAUUUUUUGUUCUUAGUCUUUUAGUUAAAAGGGUUGAGGAUCCAACGUUUGAACCUUUAGGUGCUUUGAUAAGAAAAACUGGUGAUGAUGAAAGACCAUUUUCUGCUUCUAUAACAAGACCUUCUUUAACAAUAGCAAUGCCAAAUAAUUCUUCACGUGUUAUAAAUGACCCCUUUCCUCGUACUUGGGCUACUCCUAAUUCUCCAAGUACAGCACAAUUAUUUUUGGAUCAUCAACAAAGAUUUAAUCCGUUUGGAGGUACUGCUUCUGUGCCAACUACACCUUUUGAUAGAUAUCAAUUUGGGGGAGUUUUUGGCCGAAAUGAUGUCACAAGCGGAUGGAACGAUCUGGGUACAGCAAAUAAUACAUGGGGACAAACUGAAGGUUAUUCAUCAAAUGCCGGAAAUUUGUCUCCUCGAUUACAAGCACCAAAUUCACCUCCUCCAUUAUUUAAUAACACAGCAUCUUUCAAUGUUUCGCCACCUCCUACUUAUUUGGAACAGCAACGUGCUUUAACAUCACAAAUUGAGCGUCAACAAUUUUUGAUGUUACAACAAAGACAACAGCUUUCUCAAAGUGCCUAUCCAGAUGGUUUUAUUCGCCAACAGCAUCAAAGUCAUCAAAAUUUUGUUGGAAUAUCCGGCCCAGUUUCGGCGCCUAUAACCAAUGCUCCAAAUUCACCAUUCAUUGACUCAUUAACUCGAUCUACCGGGGUUUCACAAUCCGAUGAUUUAGGAUAUUUUAAUCUUAGGAAGGAAAUCAAUCUAGGAAUGCAACAAUCUGCGAUUAUUGAACCGUUGCAAAAUCAAAAUCGUACCAAUGAACGACAGUAUGAUAUUACGGGGGGACAGAUUAGUGAGCCGUCUUUUGAUAAUAAAAUUCUAAGUGGAGUUACAGAGUCUAUUACUAAACCUAUUCUUGGAGAUGACGAAGUCUUUUCCAAGAAAAUCGAAGAAAAUUUAAUUAAUCAAGAAAAAGUAGAGUCCAAGUUAAAAUCUGAAGAAUCAGCUCCUCAAUUAACGCAAAAUGAAGGAACAUUGCGCUCAAAACCUUCUUUACGUGAAAUUCAGGCGGAAGAAGAGCUUUCCAAUUCAGCUUGGGGAAAUAACACAUUCACUAUUCCUGCUCCUUGGGGAAAAGAUGAGGAUCAUUCGUCUCAGAAAACAUUGUCAAUUCGAGAAAUUCAAGAAUUGGAAACAAAACAAUCAACGGAGAGGCAUAUUCCGGAAAGGCACAUAUCAGAAAGAAAAUUUUCUACAUCCUCAACGAUUAAUGCUACUCCAGCACCAUGGGCUAAGGAUGAAGAUCAUACAGUUUUAAAGGCUCCAUCAAUUCGAGAAAUUCAAGAAAUGGAAGCUAAGCAAGCGGCAGAAAGACAGGCAUCAGAAAAAAAAGUCACAACAACAAAUGCUACCACCACCGUUACUAAAGAAGACACGGUACCUUCGUCCAUAUCAUGGGGUAUUGUUGUUCCUACUUCAUCCAAUGAAUCAAAUUCAUCAUCACUUUCGACAUCCCCUGUUGUUACGGCACCAGCAUGGCAAUCAAAUAACCCACCUCCCAAAAAGACACUACGAGAGAUUCAAAAAGAAGAAGAGGAGGCAACAAAGAGACGUAAUAAGUUUCGUGAGAUUCAACAAGCAGCUAUAAAUAAUGCAAAUGUACCUAAUGUUACGACUACUCAGAGUAAUAUGGGAAAACGUUAUGCUGAUACUGUUUUAGUCGGAAAUGUAAAUGUUGGGCCAAAGAAUCUACAGAAACCUCCAACCAACACUAUGAAUAAUGCCUGGACUACUGUCGCCAGUAAAUCUUCACGUGCGGUUACAACUAAUAUCUCUACAACCAAUGUUGGUACUGUUGGAAGUGGAGUAAUAAAACCAGGUGGUGUAUCUAAAGAUUCACCAAACGUUUGGGAUAAUGAUCAUAAAAGUAUUAACGGUUUACAAAACUCUUCUAGGAGUCAAAAUCAGUCGAACAAAGUCAGUGAAGCUCAAAAAAGUAGUGCACGUGGAGUAAAUACGGGAAUUUCAAAACCUGUGACUACCAAUAGCACCGUUAAGUCUAAUAAUAAUUCAGCCAGUGGAAAUUCGUCUGAAUAUUCCGCUCCAAAACCUCCUUCGGAAGAAUUUUUAAAAUGGUGCCGUCACGCUUUACGUGGAUUAAAUAAUGUUAAUGUUGAUGAAUUUUUACAAAUGUUAUUAUCAUUUCCACUUGAUCCACCACCAGCUACUAUUGAGAUUAUACAAGAUUCUAUUUAUGCCAAUUCACCUACUCUUGAUGGUCGUAGGUUCGCAGAUGAAUUUAUCAAAAGACGUAAAGCAGAUGCUAAUGGUUUACCAAUGAGUUUUAGUCAUGCAGACAAUAAGUUGAACAAAGAUUUAACCACUGGAAAUAAUUCAAAAGAAGAUUACACAGGAAAUGGUGCAGGUGCUUUUAAAGUUGUAACAGCAAAAAAGAACAAAAAGAAGCAAAUUAAUUAA